UCCGGUCCCUAACCCUAAUCCCACCUGCUUUUAAUCAAACCCUUUCUUGUGUUUGCUGUUCAAGCAAAUAUUCACCCCCCAUCCGGCCCAGAUCCAAACGGCAGCUCGCAUUCGCUAAUGAACACUAGGUUAAAUAGAAUGGGCCGGCUGGGAGUGUAAUAGUUUAGCCUGCUUAUACACGACACCGUUUGAUGUAAGAUCGUAGUGCAUGAAACGGCAGCGCGCUCAUACGAUUGCACAUUUUUAUCAACGUUCUAAAACCCAAAACCCGCCACUUAAACCCUCCGUCGCCGGUUUAUCAACACCACCACCGAUUACCACUUCAAUGUCUCGCUUAAUUAGAUUCGCUCAACGAACAGUUAAAUGCUACAACCACCUCAAUUCUCAUAAUCUCCUCUUUCAAUCAAAACCCUACACCACAGCUCACAAAAUUACCAAGUCACCAUUCGAAGCUAACAUUCUUCGCAUCCUCCACAACGAGAUUGAAUACCAGUCCGAUUAUGCGCCUCCUCAUCAGCCGGCGACAAAAUUUAAUUCAUUCGUGGUACAAGAUCGACCAGGAGAGCAAUGGAUGACAAUGAGGAGGACAUUCAAUAGUGAUAAUGAAAAUAUCAAGCUCGAAGUUACAAUGUUUGACGGUUACGAAACGGUUACAAAAUCCGGUGAAGGUAGCUCCGGUGAAGAUGUGCGUCUUCAUAUUAGUUUACUUGUUGAUAUCUCUAAGAACGGCGAUUCUUUGGAGUUUGUGUGCUCCUCAUGGCCUGACCGCUUGGAGAUUCACAAAGUUUAUUUGCUUAGACGUGAUCAUGAGCUUUCUAGGCCUUACAUGGGGCCUGAUUUUAGGAAUUUGAAUGGUGAGCUGCAGAAGAGACUUCGAGAGUACUUGGAGGAAAGAGGGCACCUUUUUGGAUACAUUUCUUCAAGAAUAGUUCGGGGCAAGGCUAUUUUGGAGCUCAGUUUUGUGGAGUCAGAUGUCAUUAAUAAUAAGCUAUGCCAACACUUUAGCCCUGGACAGUGCACUGUCUUUGUGUUAUCAUAGUUGUAUUCUCUACAU